GAGAAUGGCCAACUUCCUCAAGCUCACCACCAUUCUCUCCCUCAUGAUACCUUGGCUAGUCCUAGCUCUGCAAUCUCAAAUGGCCUUCUCAUCAUCCGAUCUCGAAGACGGUGAAGAGUAUGUGCUUGACUCUCCAAACCCUAGUUUCAGAUCCAGAAGCAGGUUCUUGGCCAGCAUCAUUAAAAAAGGUGCACAAUGUGAUCCCAUCAAGCACAACAUUUGCAAUGGGAUUUCGGCAAACAAAGGGACCAGCAUUCUCCAUUGCUGCAAGACACAUUGCAGAAAUGUUCUUGGCGAUAGGAAUAAUUGUGGGAAAUGUGGGAACAAAUGCAAGCUUGGCAUGCAUUGUUGCAACGGGACUUGCAUCAAUACUACUUUCAAUGCCAACAAUUGUGGCAAGUGCGGUAAAAAGUGUAAGUAUGGGGUUAAAUGCGAGUAUGGAUAUUGUGGGUAUGCUUAGAUUGAUUCAUUGUUAACAAAUAUGAUGUGAUCUUCAGCUAUCCUUUUUAGUGGACAGUUUAAAUCGAACUCUCGUCGUGAAUGUCCAAAAAUAAGUGUUCUAUAUUGGAGCUAGAAACCCUCGAUUUUGUAUUAUUGCUUUACUGCAUGCGUGUAUACGCGCAAGUUUAUGUCACUCUAAAUUUGCGAAGUGUGAUUUUGAGUGUUAAUCUCAUUUUGA